AUGAACUCGGCCGCUCUCCAUUCCGCCAAACUCAUCGCAGAGUUUGAAAAGCAGCAACUUGGCGAGCAAGAAGCCAUCCCCCAAUACCCAUCCGAGCAUCCGUUUGGCGCUUCCAAACCUGGACCUUUCGGCGGUGCAUCAGUCUCUGGCAACCAGACGAACAACAUCGCCCCUUUUGCAUCUCUAGCCCAUCAUCCUCAAUCGCAGCCUAACGCCUUCACUGCAGACAACGAGAUGAGCAACUUUGCCGGAUGGGAUACUAGCUACCCUCGUCCUGCUGCCGCGGCGGCAGACUCGACCGACAUGACGACUUACAACGCACAACCUCGUCCAUCCACAACCACCGCCUAUCAGCCCCGUCCUCUGACCCAGUACGACUAUCCAGCGGGAUGGGCAGCACAAACCUUCAGCGCUGUCGGAGGUCUCAGAGAGGACAGUGCAUCUCGUAUCGCAACCUUGCAAGCCAAACUAAACCAACGCCUCGGCCCUGAAUAUCUCUCCCAACGUCCCGGUCCCAGCGGAGGCAAGAAGCUGACCUACAUCGAAGGAUGGAAGCUCGUCGAUCUGGCCAACGAGGUGUUUGGCUUCAACGGCUGGUCGACUACCAUUGUACGUCUCGACGUUGACUUCUUGGAUUGCUCGCCCGAUGGCUCCCGCUUCAAUGCCGGCGUCAGCUGCGUAAUCCGAGUGACGCUCCGAGAUGGCGCUUUUCACGAGGAUAUUGGCUAUGGCAGUGCAGAGAAUGCUCGUCAGAAACAUGCCGCCCUCGAGAAGGGCAAAAAGGAGGCUGUCACCGAUGCCACCAAGCGAGCGCUCAAGAACUUUGGCAAGCUGCUGGGCAACUGUACAUACGACCAUCAGUAUUCCGCGAAUGCGCUCAAGGUGAGCAAUCCUGCGCCCAAGUUCGAUGCCUCUGAACUGCAUAGGAGACCUGAGUUGCGCGCUCAGAUGGCACCUCCGCCUCAGCCACCAGCGCCAGCACCUCAAGCAGCUCCACCACAGCAAGCACAGGCUCAGGCCGCUGCUCCUGCGAGCUGGAUGUCAAGUGCUAACGAGCUUGCAGCGACUGCCACAAACCCGCCCGUGCCGACACGGACAGAUGGAGCACCACUCCGGGUCAAGCCAAAUCACGUUCAAAUCAGCAUACGGGAGAAGGAUAACAGUCCAGCGCAGCCAGCAGCGGAAGAUCACUUGAAUGUCUCAGAACGCCAACAACGAUCCAUGCUAGCCCGACAAGCCUAUCUCGAGCGACAACAGGCCGAAGCGCGCAACAGCAAAGCUACCAGCGCCAAUAGCUCCGAAAGUGUCGCCACCACUGCACCGUCGCAUUCAGUCGUAACAUCAGCCAACAGCACACAGCGUCAUCAAGGGUCAGCAGCCGAGCUGGAAUUCAACUCGGACUCGUUCGAUGAUGGUCUCAACCACGUUCUCGCCACCUACGACGAAACAGAGAUGGGCGAUGCAGAAGCAGCAUCCCACGCGAUCGAGAUGGAAAUUGAUCAGGCCCAAUCUCAACGUCCGUCCGCAGAGGAGGAAAAGGUAGGGCAUGCAAACUACAACGCUGCUGAUGACAGUGGUGUUGCUUUCCCUGCCUCAGAAAGGGGCACUCCUGCUGUGAACAUGGUUCACAUCAAGCAGGAAAAGAUCAAUCAAGCAGCAGCCAAGCCGCUGGAAAUGCGUCGUUCAACAAGCCCAGUCAAGCAGGUUAAAAGCGAAGCAGCCAAGCAACCAAGAAGAGCAGGCAGUGUGGGCAGAUUUGUUUCCCCUCCACCACCACCACCACCUCCUUCUCCUCGAAUUCCUGCGCCGCCCAUUGGUGCCUUGAACGGAGCGGGGAUGAUGAGGAAUGGUUCGACUAGUCUUUCGGCUGCCUCGAAUGGGUGCAGCUCGAAUGGGUGGAGCGGCGCGAAUGGGCAGGGGAAUGGUAUUACUCGUCGUAUGGGAUCAACGUUGGGUGGGACAGGAGGCGUGGAAGGAAUGGCGGUCAACAGGGAAGCAGCUAUGGCGGGCAAGAGCGUAGGUGAGAGUGUACAGCAUGCAUUUCUGGCUGCGAACGAGACUGCACUGCCAAGGGGUCUCAAACGAGCGAAUCAAGGCGAGGUUGGCAGAGCAGCGCCAGCAAGACCAGCAGCAGCGGCGACUAGUGUUGCUUUUCUUCGACAGUCGUAG